AUGCAAUUGACAAAGCAUUUUCUACUCUUGUUCGUCGUUCAUAUGGUAUAUUUCUCCUUAGCAAGAACACACGUAUCAAGCCCCGAUAUAACAAUGUCGAAAUAUGUUUUUUAUUACUUCACUGUGAGGGGUUUAGGUGAGGGUCCCCGUAUACUGUUGGCUUUUGGAGGACAAGAGUUUGAAGACAACCGCUUAACACAAGAGCAAUGGCCUGACUUCAAAACAAAAACCCCCUUUAAUCAACUGCCACUGUUGGAGAUUGACGGAAAACAAUACGCACAGAGCACCGCUAUCUCUCGGUUCUUGGGUAGAAAAUACGGAAUCGCUGGUGAUAAUGAAGACGAGGCCUUCGAGAUCGACCAGAAUGUUGACUUUUUAGUUGAUAUCCGUAAUAUUGGUGCUGCGAUAUACAAAGAAGAAGACGAGGCAGUCAAAGUGAAAAAAUAUGAAAAUUUGGCUGAGAUCGUGACACCUAAACUGGAAAAGCUGAACGAGAUUAUAGUCAAGAAUAAUGGACAUCUUGCUGCAGGAAAGCUGACAUGGGGUGAUUUCGUGUUCGCAAGUACAUUCGAUGCAUUAAAAGCAGUGCUGAGGAUGCCUAACCUUGAAAAAGAGUAUCCAGCGUUCCAGCAAGUCGUCGACAAUGUGUACUCCAUUCCUCAAGUGAAAGCAUUCGCAGAUGCUGCACCAAAAUCUCCAUUUUAA